AAAACGAUGAAGUUGCAGAUGUUAAGCGCUGAGCGGCUUAACUGCAAGUCAGCAACUGCCGAGUUGGAGACUGAAACAACCUGAACCAACCGCCAUCGCAGUGAGCUGAGAGAGAUCUUGAGAUCGGAGAAGAUGGUGAAGAAGAAGCUUGGCGGCGGAAUGAAUGCGUUCGAAGCGCUGAAUAAAAUUGUGUCGGAGCCACACUAUCUCUUCCAUUUCUUAGUUUUCUUCUCAUACUUUGUGGUUCGCAGCUCCGCCACUCAGGUCCUCUCCCCUCAAUUGUCCCUCCGUUUCCUGCGUCGGGAGAUUCAAGCCGUUCUCGGAUUCGCCGUUUUAGCUGCUGUCAAGUUGGUGAAAGAAGAAACUUGGGAGGGUUUUAUCGCUGAUACCAUCUUCUAUGCCAAGCUUUUUCUCAUCGCCAUUUCAUUGGUUUUGGAUUACCAUCUGGCUCUUUGGUAUACAGUGUUGUUUUCAGGUAGUCCGCCUUUCCUUUCGUUUUCUUGCUACUUUUAUUGUAAUAUUGACUCUUCAGUUGCGAAGAGGGUCAUUGAUUCUUGGACUGGCUUUCGCAUUUUUGCAGUGAUAUAUCUCUUAGCACAACAACCUGUUUUCGAAGAACUAGGUGAUGUGAAUAAGUUAACACCUCUGCAGUUGGAAACCUUGUUGACAGAGGGGCAUACGUCAAGAUACUGGUUGGUAGAGUUUCGUGCACAGUGUUCCUCUACUUGCAUACGUACAAGUCGUUGCUUUCCUGAACUUUCUGUCACAUACUCAAACAAGAACUUGUCCUUUGGAUCAGUCGAUCUUGGACUCUUCCCGAAUGCUGCAGAGAGAUUUGGAAUAUCACUUAGUGGAGGAAUGAACCAGCUUCCUACUUAUAUAUUGUUCGAAAAUGCAACUGAAGUCGCACGUUUUCCAGAGUGGGGCUUUGAAGCAAAAGCUCCUUACCCUCCUUUAACUAAGGGACGCAUUGUUCGACAUUUUGAACUCGACAGGCUCCUCCUCGAGUAUGUAAAUGGAAAAUAGACACAGCUGCGUCGAUAGAUUACAUGUCGUAUGUAGUAUGCUUGCGAAGUUGCCACUGGUUCUACAGGCUUUCAGUUUCAUCGCGCUGCCACAGGACAAAAGGCACUGAAGAUUCCCUUGUAUGAUGUUAUCUGUGUGUUGCUUGCUCUGCUUUAACAGACUCAAAUGAUCUCAAAAACUGAUACAUUGUGCACUCUUCUAUUUUUUUUUCCCUGACAUACUUGUAACAAAAAAGGAUCAGGAACCUGUACUGCAAACUUAUGAUUCAGUAGAGUAAAAGUGAAAUUUGGCUAGAAGCUUAAAAAUUCUAGCA